GAGUUAAAAGAACCCGAAGUUCAAUGGGUUUCAGCGAGCCCAGGGGUCCAUAAAACAAAGCCCAAAUAGGAAAGAGGUUUCUCUCCGGUUCGUUUCCCAGUUUUGCUCAAUUACGCCACGUCACACUCCAACGAAUCGCCUCUCUCCGCCACCGACUCGCCGUCUAUUUCCGGGAUAUUUCUCUCUCUCUCUCUCUCUCUCUCUCUCUCUCUCUCGUUUCUGGAUGUGAACCCGACUCACAACCGACUCACUGAGUCAUGAAGUGCCGAUCCGUCGCGUCAAUUUGGUCAGGCACGCCUCAUUCUCACCGAGUCACCGCCAUCGCUGUGCUGACUCAGCCACCGACGCUCUACACCGGUGGAUCCGAUGGCUCCAUCAUCUGGUGGAACCUCUCGUUAUCCGAUUCCAACUCGGAAAUUAAACCAGUAGCUUUGUUGUGUGGUCAUGCUGCACCUAUAGCAGAGCUUGGGAUUUGUGAUCCUGCUGUAUAUCCUGAAGGUGACAAAGCAUACUCUUUAAGUAAUACGGAAGAGAACUCUAGCUCUGGUAAAUAUGGUGCCUUAAUCAGUGCUUGUACUGAUGGCAUGUUAUGCGUGUGGAGCAGACGAAGUGGGCUUUGCAGGAGGAGAAGGAAAUUACCCCCUUGGGUGGGAAGUCCAUCCAUGGUUAGGACACUGCCUUCGAAUCCACGAUAUGUAUGUAUUGCCUGCUGUUUUGUUGAUCAUGUCCAUUUGUCUGAUCAUCAUUCUGUUGAUUCUGUUGAAGGGAGUGAGGUGUCUGCAGAUAGAGAUUCUCAGCAUAAGAAAGCACCACCCAAAUGCACUGUGGUUAUUGUUGACACUUAUGCUCUUGCAAUUGUCCAGACUGUUUUUCAUGGGACUUUAUCAAUCGGGUCAUUGAAAUUUGUGGAUGUGGUUUCAUCAACCGAUGACAAGGAGAAGGAUCGCAUAGUUAUGGCUGAUUCAUUUGGUAGAUUACAAUUGAUAUCAGUAUCAAAGAAUCCUCAAAAAUAUAGGGAGGGUGGAACUGAUUUGAAUAAAAGUUCUUCUCAUUUGGAAAUGGCUGUUUGGGCAGAGGGUAUGAGUGAAGGAGGAAAAGUUGUGUCAAUUAUAAUUGGUGGGAAUGUUAUUGCUUUUUUGUUUAAAAGUCACUGCAUAUUUAGAUUAUUAGACAGUGGUACUACAAUUGGAGAGAUUUCUUUGAUGAGCAGUAUUUUUCACAAAGGAGAUUCUAAUGAAUCACACAUCGCAGGGGGAAUGUUUGUUGAAAGUGAGCAUGCUCGGGAUAUGUUGAAUACCCAAGAACCCCAUCAAAUGUUUGCGAGAAAGUUUAUCGUAUGGAAUAAUAAAGGUCUUUCAAUUGUUUACCUAAUUUCAUAUUUAAAAGACAUGUUCACAUGUGAGCUUCUUUGUGAGAUCCCUGCCUCCCCUCAUCCCCUUGAUAUAAGACUAUCUACUUUUUUCACUCCAUUGGAUCAUUAUAUUCUUCGUAUUGAAUCAUUUUGUUUUAAUGAUGAAGAACCUGUGCUGUGGAAACCUCUUAUCACAAUCUGGUCACCACAUCAGAAACAUGAUGACACUGGAAAGUUGUCGCUAGAGUUUAGAAUAAAUGGAGUAGGCAAUCCUUCUGUUGACUGGACUAGGUGUUCUACUUUGGUUCAUAAAACUGAGGGUCCACAUGGAGUGGCGACUGAGCUUUCUUCUUGGCAUUGCUCUGUCCAAGGCUCAAAAAGUGCAAAUGUUAUGCUUACAGAAAAUGACCCUGAUAAUUUUGUUAAGAAGGGAAAGAUUGUUUCGUCUUCCAUGGUUAUUGCUGAGACUUUCUUUGCUCCUUAUGGUGUUGUAUAUGGAUUCUUUAAUGGGGACAUAGAGCUUCUGCGGUUUGAUUUGUUUGAGGGGCUAGCUUCUCAUGAUGGAAGUCCGCGUCAUGAGGCAAAUUCACAUGUAUACUUUUCAGGGCACACUGGUGCUGUACUAUGUUUGGCAGCACAUCGCAUGGUGGGUAAUGCCAAAGGAUGGAGUUUUAAUCAGGUGUUGGUGUCAGGAAGCAUGGAUUGCACAGUUCGUAUAUGGGAUCUUGACACUGGAAAUGUCAUUACAGUAUUGCACCAGCAUGUGGCCCCAGUGCACCAAAUAAUUCUUCCCCCUGCUCGUACUGAACGUCCUUGGAGUGACUGCUUUCUUUCUGUUGGGGAUGACUCUUGUGUUGCUCUUGUGUCUCUCGAGACUCUACGAGUGGAAAGAAUGUUUCCUGGACAUCCUCUUUAUCCUGCAAAAGUUGUAUGGGAUGGUGUAAGAGGUUAUAUUGCCUGUCUAUGUCAAGACCAUUCAGGAACAUCUGAUGCAGCUGAUGUUUUAUAUCUUUGGGACGUAAAGACAGGUGCUCGAGAGAGGGUUCUUCGUGGAACCGCAUCUCAUUCAAUGUUUGAUAAUUUUUGUAAAGGCAUCAGCAUGAAUUCUGUUUCUGGCACCAUACUGAAUGAAAAUACCUCACUUUCUUCAUUAUUUCUACCAACAAUUGAAGAUGGGAGCACUUCUCACUUUUAUUUGAAUAGUUUAGAAAUAUUGAUGACUCCUUCGAAUGUGGUUCGAAGCACUAGAGUUGAUCCCAUUACUUCCCAAGCACAUGUGAGUAAAGGACAUUCUGGAAAAAUGUUUCCAACCACUCCAUUGAUACUUAAGAGGAAAAAGUAUCCCAUCAAAUGCUUUUGUCCUUUUCCUGGAAUUUCCACUCUUAAUUUUGACCUUGCGCCAUUAAUGUUUCCUUACCAAAAGCAUGAUGCAUUGACAAAUCAUAGUGAUAAGCAAGAGAAUAGCAAGGUCAAAGGACAGGGAAGUGAGACAUCAAGUCCCCACCACAUAAAUACAGCUAAUGGUUUUGAUGUAAAUGGGAACUCAACUGAUGCUAGGAAAGAGCUUGAUUGGAUUAGGUCACUUGAAGAAUGCUUACUUCGAUUUAGCUUGUCAUUUUUACACUUGUGGAAUGUGGAUUCUGAGCUCGAUUACUUGCUUUUAACUGAGAUGAAGCUGAAGAAACCAGAGAACUUCAUUGUAGCUUCUGGUUUGCAAGGUGACAAAGGAUCUUUGACAUUGACGUUUCCUGAUUUAAGUUCUGUUCUCGAGCUUUGGAAAACAUCAUCAGAGUUUUCUGCAAUGAGGUCUCUGACAAUGGUAUCUCUAGCCCAACGCAUGAUCAGCUUGUCACAUUCCACUUCAUCUGCCAGCAGCGCUUUAGCAGCAUUCUAUACCAGAAAUUUCGCUGAAAAGUUUCCUGAUAUGAAGCCACCUUUGCUCCAGCUAUUAGUGAGUUUUUGGCAAGAUGAAAGUGAGCAUAUACGUAUGGCUGCGCGCUCAUUAUUCCACUGUUCUGCUUCACGGGCAAUUCCACAACCCCUAUGCAGUCCAAAAGCUACUGAUCUUGGAAAUAGGAGCUCUGUAAGUGGACAUGGAGAAAAUAAACAUGGAAAUACUAAUAUAGAAGAAACAUCUGCUAAUGUGCCGCAUUUUAACCAGUUGAUAGAAACCAAAUUGAUACCUCAGGUUGAGGAAUCAAACAUACUAUCCUGGUUAGAAUCAUAUGAAAUGCAAGAUUGGAUUUCUUGUGUUGGGGGAACAAGCCAAGAUGCUAUGACAUCUCAUAUUAUUGUAGCAGCAGCAUUGGCUAUUUGGUACCCUAGCCUUGUAAAGCCAUGUCUUUAUAUGCUGGUUGUUCAUCCAUUAAUGAAGUUGGUAAUGGCCAUGAAUGAGAAGUAUAGUGCCACUGCUGCUGAGCUCCUUGCAGAAGGCAUGGAGAGUACAUGGAAACCAUGCAUUGGUUCUGAAAUACCUCGUUUGAUAGGGGACAUAUUCUUCCAGGUAGAGUGUGUAAGCGGUCCAUCUACCAGCUCAGCUGCACAAAAUUCAGCUGUACCAGUUGCCAUUCGGGAGACUUUGGUUGGGGUUCUUCUUCCAAGUUUAGCUAUUGCUGAUGUACCAGGUUUUUUGACUGUUGUUGAAAGCCAAAUCUGGUCUACUGCAUCUGAUUCACCCGUUCACCUGGUAUCCCUCAUGACACUCAUCAGGGUUGUGCGUAGUGCUCCAAGAAGCUUAGCUCUGUACCUUGAUAAGGUUGUUAACUUUGUUUUACUGACAAUGGAUCCUAGCAACUCGGUCAUGCGCAAGAAUUGCUAUCAAAGUUCAAUGACAGCAUUAAAGGAAAUCGUACGUGUUUUCCCCAUGGUAGCGCUGAAUGACUCGUGGACCAGAUUGGCUGUUGGGGAUGUGAUUGGAGAGAUAAAGAAUGCUAGCAUUCAGGUUUAUGACAUGCAGAGUGUGAUCAAGAUAAAGGUCCUGGAUGCAAGUGGACCUCCUGGACUUCCAACUUUGCUGGCACUGGAAUCAGAAACAACAGUAGCCACAGCCAUUUCAGCUUUGAGUUUUUCACCAGAUGGAGAGGGGCUGUUGGCUUUCUCUGAGCAUGGGUUAAUGAUCAGAUGGUGGUCAUUGGGAUCUGUCUGGUGGGAGAAACUGAGUCGAAAUUUAGCUCCUGUUCAGUGUACAAAAUUGAUCUUUGUUCAACCAUGGGAAGGAUUCUCACCAAAUUCUUCUAGGUCGAGCAUUAUGGCAAGCAUAAUGGGGCAUGAUCGACAAGUCAAUUUUCUGGAGAAUUCAAAAGGUUCAAGUCAUGCAGACAGUUUGAAACUGUUGGUUCAUAAUCUUGACCUCUCCUAUCGGUUAGAAUGGGUUGGUCAACGAAAGGUACUUCUUACAAGGCAUGGUCAAGAGUUAGGCACUUUUCAAUUGUAAGCAAUACAGUCUUGCAGAUUCUGGUGGGACAUACGAUAGGAAGAUUUUCCUUGAAAGUUCAUGUUGGAAGUCUCCCAUUGCUGCUCGUUGCUUGCCAAUGGUCAUUGUUUCAAAGAGAAUAGUUCUUGAAUAGAACCUUUUGCUGUAUACUUGCAUAGGACUUAAUUAUAGCCUUGGGUCUUCAAUUUUGGUUUUAAGAACCUGGUGGGACGUUUCUGCUGGGUCAGAGAUGAUAAGGGUGUACUUGUAAGCAUGCAAAAUUUUCACGAUAAAUACAAUAUUGAUAUAGAACGACGAGCUGUAGAGACCAAGAAAUAUUCAUUUGUUUGAUUUUUUUUUUCUUUUUAUUGGGUUCGGGUAGGGAAAGGGUACAACAAUCUGGUGGAUUCCUCUUUGGGUCUUGUGGAUCUAUGUACAGAUUUGGGGGAAUGAUAGAGUUGCAUGUUUUGUUUUCAAGAA